AUGGUAUCCGAACUAGAGAAUAUUAUCAAACAGCUUUUAAUUCCUGACAAUGAAGUUAUCAAGAAGGCUUCAGAACAAAUGAAGGUGCUCUUUAAAAACCAUGACAUUGUACCAAUGUUCUGUCAGGUCCUUGGUACUUCUGACAGCAGUGAGGUUCGCCAAUAUGCUGCUGUCCUUCUCCGGAAAAAAAUUCAGAAAAAACAUCACUAUUUUGUAUUAGAUGAAGUCAUACGGAAAAAUAUUAGGGAAAAUAUUAUCCAGUUGUUCCUCCAAGAAACUGAAAAAACUGUGCAAACUUCUGUUGCUCAGAUCAUUGCAACUGUUGCAAAGCAUGAAUUGCCAAGUAAAAAUUGGCCACAGCUCUUUAACUUUAUUCUGGAAUAUACUCGGAGUUCUGAUCCUCACCACAGAGAAAUUGGUAUAUUUUUGAUGAAUAAAGUGGCUGCCAUGGCAACUGAACAGUUGAAGCCACAUCUUCUCUCUGUGUUGGAGCUGCUUUCUGAGGCUCUUUCAGAACAAGAGACCCUAAUGGUGCCAUAUUAUGCAAUUCUGACAUUGUCUGAGCUGGUCAUCAUUACUGGUGAUGAUGAAAUGAAACAAGUCCAAAAAAUGAUCCCUCCUGUUAUCGGGGUUGUAAACAAGAUGCUUGCUCAUAAUCAGGACUGGGCCUGUGAAUGUAUGGAAUUGUUUGACAGCUUACUUGAAUUUGAGGUGGCCAUUGUUGUUCCCUAUUUGAAAAACUUAAUACAACUUUGUCUGGAAAUUAUGCCCAGGAAAGACCUGCAGAACAUGGUACGGAUAAAAGCAAUGAGCACCAUUAAGAUCCUUAUAACAUUAAAGAAAAAGGCCAUUCUGAAGAAUAAUACUCAAUCUGUAAUCAUGAAUGUGAUAUUUGAAGAAAUGUGUGCAGAGACUGAUGAUGAGUUUGAUAUAACAGAAGAGAAUGAUGAAGAAACUGACACUCCAGCCAGAUAUGCUGCUCAGGUUAUUGAUACUUUAGCUAUGCAUUUACCCCCAGACAAAGUAAUUCCAAAAUUGCUCUCUUUAGUUGAAGAUGCUCUGAAAAGUCCUGAUAAAUUUCACAGAAGAGCAGCUUACAUUGGAUUGGCUAUGGUUAGUGAAGGAUGCAGUGACUACAUUAUUACUUACCAUCUUGACCCUUUGGUUACAUGUGUAUGUCAAGGAAUGGAUGAUGAAGAUGCUUGUGUGAAAAAUUCAGCAUUCUUUGCUUUGGGUAGAUUUGCUGAAUUUCUCCAGCCUGAAAUAAGUAAAAUGGCCCCAAACAUUCUUCCUCUUUUGUUUAACAACCUGAUAAAGUCUUUACAGAAUAAUCCAGACAAUGUAAAUGGAGUUUCUAAGACCUACUUUGCACUUGAUAGAAUUUGUGAGAAUCUUGGUGAGGAAAUUCUUCCAUUCCUGCCAAUGGUCAUGGAACAUUUAUUGACUGUCCUGAAAACUACCAACAAUCUAAAAACAAAAGAGAUUGCUAUUAGUGUCAUCGGAGCUGCUGCUAGUGCUGCCGGCCAAGGGAUGCAACCCUAUUUUCAGAGAAUUAUCAAUGACUUAAAUGAGAUUUUAAAAGUAAAUGAAGAAGACUUCCUUACAGUUCAUGUUCAGGCAAUUGACACUCUAGCAGUGUUGGCUAGAAACAUUGAUAGUUCAGAAUUUUUUCCAAUCUCUGAUAAUGUCAUGCAAAUGGGGAUCCAUUUAAUUGAUCAGAAAGAUGAUCCAGAUUUACGUAGAUGUGUAUAUGGUCUGUUUGGCUCAAUGUCUGUUAUACUAAAAGGAGAUAUGUCAAAAUACCUUUCUACAAUAGUAUCAGCUAUUCUGGGAUCAAUAAAAUCAUCAGAAGGUGUUCAGUUGCAAUAUAAAGAGGAUGUGGAAGAUACACCAAAUGCUGACUUCAUAGACAUUGAAGAAGAUAUUGGAAGUGAGGAUACAGAUCCUGAAGAUGAGGAAGAGGAGGAGGAGGAUGACAAAUUGUGUGUAAUCCAAGUUGAAAAUUCCUUUAUUGAUGAAAAGGCAGAUGCUUGCAGUGCUUUAGGAGAACUUGCUGCAAAUAUUGGUACUGUGUUUAUGCCAUAUCUACAGAACAGUUACGAAACAGUUCUAGAAGUGCUUACUUAUCCUCUGGCUCCAGUUCGUAAGGCUGCUGUUACUACUCUUGCUCAGUUCUGUCUCAGUGUUUAUAAAGUUGCACAAGAGACUAAUGAUCUUGAGUCACAUGCAGUAUUGGUCAGUAUGAUCAAGACUGUUGUACCAAUGUUGACUGAUCGUAUUAAAGAGGAUAAUAACCGAGCCACCGUCAUUGCAGCUGUUGAGUCUCUAGUAGAACUUUUGGACAAGAUUGGCCAGCCAUUUAUGUGUGAAGAUGGUAUGCUUGAUGAUAUCUUAGCAAGAACCAGAGAUAUAUUUGCACACAAGACAGCUUGCCAAGAUGACGAUGAUGAUGAUGAUGAUGAUGGUGAUGACCAAGAAGCAGAGUAUGAUGCUUUCUUAGUGGAAUCUGCUGGAGAAAUCUUGCCUGCUGUUGCCAAAAUGGUUGGUGGGGAAGCUUUUAUGCCCUACUUCAAACUCUUUGUACCUGAUCUCAUGAAAAGAGCAAAGAGUACUCAAACUCCUGCUGACCGUUCAUUUGCAUUUGGAACUCUAGCAGAAACUCUGGAAGCCUGUGGAAAAGCAUCUGCUCCUUUAACAGAAGAUAUUUUCCCUGUCUUCAUGAAAGGAAUCUCAGAUACUGACAGUGAAGUUAGAAACAAUGCAGUUUUUGGCCUUGGAAUUGUCAUUUCCAACGGGGAAGCAUUACUACAUAGUAAACUUUUUGACAUUUUGUCACAAUUGUUCGCCUUACUUCAGCAGGAGAAAACAGAUUCUGUGAAAGAUAAUAUCUGUGCAACUGCUUGUCGAAUCAUUGAACAAAAGCCAGAUGAACUUCCACUGGACCAGAUUUUACCAGUCAUCUUUCAGUAUUUACCAUUGAAAGAGGAUUUUGAUGAAAAUGCUGUUGUAUUCCAGUGUUUGAUGAACUUGUUUUCAAGAAGUAAACCUGAAAUCAUUCUCCUGUUACCAGACUUAUUGAAAGUUGUUGCAGGAAUUUUAGGAACUUCACAAAUUAUCAAAGAUACAGAGAACAUGUUGGUCCAAUGCCUGUACCAUGAUAUCUUGAUCAGAUCAUCUCCCUUGAACAGGAUGAGACACAUCUCCUUCUCUACUCACUUAAUGGGUCAAUAG